AUGAAGUUCACCUACUUAUUCUCUGCCUUCUUGGCUACCUUAGCCGCCGCUAGCCCCAUUGCUACCAUAUCCAACCCGGCUGAGAACACAGAGCUCGUCACUCGCACUGACAAUGCAGUAGAGAGCGCACAGCUAGUUGCUCGUGCUCCGACUGUGAUAGAGUCAAAGGAGUACGAGGCUAUCAAAGCCAAGCACUCGAAUCUAAAGAAAGACCACUACUAUUACUUUUACGUAACAUGGCCGCGCGGGUCAUUGAUCGACGGGGACCACGAGACGAAGGCCGAGGUAGAGCAGUUGAGAGACACUCUGGGCUUCGACCAUAUCGGAAUUAUAGUCGGCAAAGUAACCGAGAAAGAAGGCGGCACGAAAAAGAAGCCUACCCUCAAGAAGAACUUCGAGGCUAGAUUAUACCACAUGGCCAAGGACGCGUCUGGCAAGUCCAUACUCAAAAUGAAUACCUGGGAUAAGAAGGAUAGCGACCAUAAGCCGAUCCGCUUCGGUGGUGAGACGAACAAGAGAAAGCAUGAUACGGUCCAAGGAAAUGCGCGGGACUGGAUUCAUGAUCACCCGACUUACAACGUCCAAACCAACAACUGCAACUCAUUCGUUCACAACAUCGUUGCAUCGCUUUAA